AUGUUUACCCCUCGUUUUCUUUUUGUAGAUAACGUUCCUACACACCCUACCCAAGGAACCCGAUCGUCCCUUUCGUCGAACAACUCGUCAAAGCAGACGAAUUGCUGGGUGGUGAAGACGUUCACAGGCGACGAUCUACUGACUCGAGAUAACGUUCCUACACACCUUACCCAAGGAACCCGAUCGUCCCUUUCGUCGAACAACUCGUCAAAGCAGACGAAUUGCUGGGUGGUGAAGACGUUCACAGGCGACGAUCAACUGACUCGAGAUAACGUUCCUACACACCCUACCCAAGGAACCCGAUCGUCCCUUUCGUCGAACAACUCGUCAAAGCAGACGAAUUGCUGGGUGGUGAAGACGUUCACAGGCGACGAUCUACUGACUCGAGGUAAGCUUCUCUGUGUGUGUGUGUGUGUGUGUGGAGCGAACGACGAGCAGAUCUGGUUGAUGAGGUACACCCAGAUUUGCAUCGUCCCAUCCCGUCUUUGUAGAACUUCUGCCUUCGUUCGUCUUUGGCGAGUUCCGAAGCUAUACAAAUGGACUCCAGGAAAUGCUUUGGAGUGUAGGAGAUAA